AUGGCAACAACAGAAUCCCAAUCCUACAAUCCGGACAUACCUUCGCACCCUGUCACCAAGACCACGGAGACUAUCCAUGUCGAACUCACCCCACACGAUCUAGACUCCUUGUCAGCAACAAAAUUCGUGCGUUCUCCAUCCGCAGGCGCGACUGUUCUGUUCAUAGGCACGACUCGCGACUCUUUCAACAACGAGCCUGUUUCAUCCUUAGCUUACACUUCUUACGCUCCCCUUGCCAUCAACACUCUUUUCAAAAUCGCCACGUCCAUUCUAUCCAAGCACUCAUGCACUAAGAUCGCCAUCAUUCACAAGCUGGGCGAAUGUCCGAUUGGUGAGGAGAGCAUUGUCAUUGCGGUGUCCGCACCACACCGACAGGCAGCGUGGAGAGCGGGUGAGGAAGCAUUGGAGGAGACGAAGGACAGAGCUGAGAUUUGGAAGCUUGAGAGAUUCGAGGGUGGCGAGGGGGUUUGGAGAGCGAACAGAGAUGGGCAAAAAGGCGUCAAGAUUGAAGACGGAACACAAUAG